UGCUUGGCAUUUUGUACAGAACCAGUGUGUGCAAGUUUAGCUAACGUUCUUGGCAGCUGGGACAACCUACCUUCUCCUUUACCAUCUGACAUUAAAGAAUACAAACUUUAUGAUGUGGAGACCAAAUACGGUUUGCUUCAGGUUUCUGAAGGCUUGUCAUUUUUGCAUAGCAGUGUGAAAAUGGUCCAUGGAAAUAUUACUCCUGAAAAUAUAAUUUUGAAUAAAAGUGGAGCAUGGAAAAUUAUGGGCUUUGAUUUUUGUAUCCAGUCAACAAAUCCAUCUGAGCAGGAGCCAAAGUUCCCUUGUAAGGAAUGGGAUCCAAACUUGCCUUCCUUGUGUCUUCCAAAUCCUGAAUAUUUGGCACCAGAAUAUAUUCUCUCUGUGAGCUGUGAGACAGCCAGUGAUAUGUACUCUCUAGGAGGUGUUAUGUAUGCAGUGUUUAAUAAAGGGAAACCAAUUUUUGAGGUCAACAAGCAGGAUAUUUAUAAAAGCUUUAGUAGACAGCUGGAUCAGCUGAGCCGCUUAAGCUCCAGUACUCUUCAGAAUAUACCAGAGGAAGUGCGUGAACAUGUAAAGCUACUUUUAAAUGUAGCUCCAGCAGUCAGACCAGAUGCAGAUCAAAUGACUAAGAUACCAUUCUUUGAUGAUGUAGGAGCAAUGACCCUUCAGUAUUUUGAUUCAUUAUUUCAAAGGGAUAACCUUCAGAAAUCACAGUUUUUUAAAGGGCUACCAAAGGUUCUGCCAAAACUACCUAAGCGUGUUAUAAUUCAGCGAAUUUUGCCCUGCUUGACUUCUGAAUUUGUGAAUCCUGAUAUGGUACCUUUUGUCUUGCCUAAUGUUCUCCUAAUUGCUGAGGAAUGCACCAAAGAAGAGUAUGUCAGGCUUAUUCUGCCUGAUCUUGGUCCUGUUUUUAAGCAGCAAGAACCAAUCCAGAUCUUGUUGAUAUUCCUGCAAAAAAUGGACUUGCUUCUAACCAAAACUCCACCAGAUGAAAUAAAGAACAGUGUUCUACCAAUGGUUUAUAGAGCCUUAGAAGCCCCUUCAAUUCAGAUCCAGGAGCUUUGUCUAAACAUAAUUCCCACAUUUGCCAAUUUAAUAGAUUACCCAUCAAUGAAAAAUUCAUUAAUUCCAAGAAUUAAAAAUGCCUGUUUGCAAACUUCUUCUCUUGCUGUCCGGGUAAACUCACUAGUGUGCUUAGGCAAGAUUUUGGAGUACUUGGACAAAUGGUUUGUGCUUGAUGAUAUUUUACCUUUUCUACAACAAAUUCCAUCCAAGGAACCAGCAGUGCUAAUGGGAAUCUUAGGUAUUUACAAAUGUACAUUUACUCAUAAGAAGUUGGGAAUUACGAAAGAACAGCUUGCGGGAAAAGUAUUGCCCCAUCUGAUUCCUCUUAGUAUUGAGAACAAUCUCAAUCUCAAUCAGUUCAGUUCUUUUAUUUGUGUUAUAAAAGAUAUGCUUAAUAGAUUGGAGGCAGAGCAUAAAACAAAACUUGAGCAACUUCAUGUCAUGCAAGAACAACAGAAAUCCUUGGAUAUAGCUAACCAAAUGAGUGUGUCUGAAGAGGCAAGACCCAAUAGUACGAGUAAUCAGAUUGACAAGGUAUUUAAUACUAGUGGAACUGACCUUCUAACUAGUGGGUCCGAUAGUAAAGAGAAUGAGAUGUCAUCAAAACAGAAAAAGGCAUCACUUACACUUGAAGAGAAGCAAAAGCUAGCUAAAGAACAAGAACAGGCACAGAAGCUGAAAAACCAGCAACCUCUUAAGCCACAAACAACUGCAAUAACACCUCCAGUGAAGCAGACAAAAGACUUGACAGAUACCUUGAUAGAUAAUAUGUCAUCUUUGACUAGUCAUUCUAUCAACAAGGCUAAAGUUGCAUCUUCAAACAGCUUCUCUUCUGUCCCUUCUAUGGGUGUUGGAAUGGGAUUUUCAUCACCUGUUGACAACACAAAAAUAAAUGUAACAAACGGACUAAAUCCUAAUAUGGGUUUUCAGACUGCUGGAUUCACAAUGGGACCUGGUCUCGCCACUCAGAAUUUCUUCAGUCCAAGUGCAACAGGAACAACCAAGAUGAACAUUGUACCAACGGCCAAUAUGCCAAAUUACAGUCCUAUGAAUGCUGCAUCUGCAAUCACUCCACUGACACAACAAAACAAACCCCCAGAUAUGUCUGCUUUAGAUAAUCUUUUUGGUCCUCAAAAACCCAAAGUUAGCAUGAAACAGUUGGCUCAACAGAAGUCAAGCCAGUGGGUUAAUCAGUUUGUACCCCCACAAGGCUCCCCAAAUGCGAGCAGUUCAGUCUUGGGACCUCAGAUGAACAUGAUAGGACAGCCUGGCUUUGGUAUACAGGGUAAUCCUUUCUUUGCUCCUCAGAACUUUGCACAACCAGCGAACACAAUGACAAACAGCAGCUCAGCUAGCAAUGACUUAAAAGAUCUUUUUGGGUAACGUGUUGUUUUCUUAUUUCAAAGAUUGAUGAAAUUGGAUCAUGGGUAAGCUGAUUAACAUCUUUUUCUUAAUUAGUAAAAGCAUGACUUGGGGAAACUUUCAUCCCAGCAAAGUAAAGACUUUUGCACUGGAAAAAAGACUGAUUUUGCAUUCACCUGUUACUGCAGAGAAUUGUGUAAAUGCAAAGUCAUCUGACGUGCUAAAGAGUUCCUGUCUCUUUACUGAACAUCAGAGCACUGAAGGUAGGAUGCAUAUAUUCUGUCAAAAAAGAAGUUCAGUAUUUCAGAAUUAUUCAGAAGUGUACUCUAUCAACUCCUAUGAAAUUGCCGGCAAAAUUUUGUUUAAGAUCAACA